AGCACAUGUCAACAAACACAAGUGACAAAAGAAACGAGGAUGACGGAGCAGAGCACCAGAGACGUGCGCGCGAUGCUCACCGUCGAGACUCGAUCGAGAAUUAGUGCAAGAAGAAAGAGGUGCGAGCAAGAGCCAAGAGGGAUGAACGGCGCCGGCAAUGGUGAGCCCUCCCUUGUAGUUGUAGCGGAGGAAGGGCCGCCGAACGAUGGCAACGGCGCCGGCGUUCACGCACCCAACUUCGGCGCGAAUGAAGCGGACACGCUGCUGGUGGUGGCGACACUGAUCACAGCGCUGACGUACCAGCUGGGCACCAACAUCCCGGGCGGGUACUGGCAGGACGAUCUCAAGGGGCACGACGGCCUCGCGGGGCACGUCGCCGGAGACCCGAUCAUGCGUGACAAGCACCGGCGGCGGUACUGGCUGUUCAUGGCGGCGAGCUGGGUGGGGUUCGGCACCUCGAUGCUGCUCACGGUGGGGCUCAUCACGGGGGUGCCCGCGAGGUCGCGCUUCGUCCGGUUCGCGUUCCUGCUGGCCUACUCCAGCCUCGUGCUCACGUUCGUGACGUCGCAGCCGCGCACGUCGCUCUUCUGGGACCUCAUCAUCUGGGCUGUCGUCAUGGCGCUGCUCGCCAUCGCCACCAAGUACCUGCGCCUCGACAGGCUCCCGAGAUGGGCGCGUACCCUGUGCCCUGCUCCUCCAUCCGCGUUCUGCUGCUCACGUUCGUGACUCGUGAGCGAGCUCGCCAUGGACGAUCGACCUCGUCAUCUGGGUCGCCGUCAUGGCAUCGACGCAUCGUCGCCAUCGUCACCAAGUACCAGCACGUCGACAGACCUCCCCGGCUGGGUGCACACCGUCUAUCUUCAGUACCAGCUUGCUAGUAGCAACAAUGUGUGUGUUUUCAAAAAAAAGGAAGAAUGUGUUUUUAUCUUUGUUUAAUUUUGGCCGUAAUGUCUUGUUUAGUGGCUGAUGUUCUUGUUCUCUGCUACUGUGUGCGUCCUCAUUGGUUGAUCUGAAUCUGAUGUUAAAUGUAUCGCUGUUCAGUC